AUGACCAGUGUUGAUAUUACCAGCGACGGCCUCAUCGGCCUUGAUUACGACUCCAGAGCCUAUCUCCAGUCCCAGUCAUGGCCGGUACCGGUCGACCAGAGUGCUGCCGCUGCCGCUGCCGCCGCCGCCGCUGCUGCUGCCCAGCGGUCUUCAGAUAACACUCCUCGAGAUCUUUCCCCGUUGCAGACUACUGCCCAUGCCUUUGACCAGCCGUCGGUGGCUCAGGACCCCAAUCUGAUGGUCGACUGGCAUUUCCAGCCCUUACAGCCCCACGUCCACAACCACCACCACCAUCACCACCACCAGUAUAGCGCGCCGGAAGACACCCCUCAUUUUUCCACCAGCUAUGGCAUGCCGUUACAUUCGUCCCCGGUGGACCUGAUUCCUGGUUCCCAGGCCCAGUUGGGCGCUGGUCUGCUCGAUACUUCCUUUCUCCCCUUGUCCGCACAGGUCGAUCUCGUUCCCUUCCCCUAUCAGGACCUUCAAGCCGAUCUGAUGGCCUUUCCCGACGGUUUGCCCGAAGUGACCGGGUACGCAGCAGCCCAGACGAUGCUGGGAGGCAGCUCCCCGACCGACACUUAUCUAGAGGUGCGAUCUCUCGGAAGUUCUAGCAGCGACAACGGCUGGAGCACCAUCGAGCACCGCUCCUCCAUCGACUUCUUCCCGGAACAGGGCAUUUUCAUCAACCCCACCCAGACCCUCCACGACCGGAGUCUGUCCGAAUCCUCCUAUUCCACCUCCCUGGGCAGUUUCGUCGAGAUCACCAACCCCAUCAGUUCGCCUAUUUCGGACACACAUCUCGACUCAUCACCGUACCUCGGCAGCAGCACUAGCAGCAUGGUCAACCGCCGCAUCUCCUAUGACAACACCUCCUCGCACGGCUCGCGCUCGCCCACCGCCGUCAGCCCCGUGGCCAUUGUGCGACCCAUCCCCGUGCCCUCCGCGAAGAAGGCUUCUUCGCCCACCCGCUCCGCCGCUUCCCAGACCUCCUCCUCCACCUCCCCCCCCAGCAGGAAGCCCUCGCGCAGAAGCCCCAUCGCCGCCAAAACUGCUGAGACCAAGGUCCGCAAACAGUCGCAGACCGGAAAGCCCGAGACCGAGAAGAAGGUGGGCAAACGGAAGGGCCCCCUGAAGCCAGACCAGCGGAAACAGGCCAGCGAGAUCCGAAAGCUGAGAGCGUGUCUGCGCUGCAAGUUCUUGAAGAAGACGUGUGACAAGGGUGAGCCCUGUGCGGGUUGCCAACCGUCCCAUGCGCGGUUAUGGCAAGUCCCAUGUACCCGCAUCGAUAUCAAGGAAAUUGGGUAUUUCAUGAAGGACUGGAAGGCGGACUACGAGCGUCAUAUCAGUCUGGGCUUCUCGGUUGGCAACAUCAAGGGAUUCUCAGACGUCGAGAGAACCCUGUUCAUCACCCACGGCUAUGGUCAUAUUCUUCCCAUCACUGCCCGGGAGGUUUACGUGCGGGACGACCAUUGCUUCAACGUCGACUGGGUGGAGGGCUUCAAUCGGGAGCCCACGCAGUACGAAGUCGAAACCUCCAAGCUGUCUGCCGGGAUGGAAGGCAUCUCUCAUGCUAUGCUCUCCGACUACCUAGAUCGUCACAUCGAUGGGAACGGCACCUUUGAGAAAUUCGUCGAUGACUACUUCGAAGGCACUCCCUUCCUGACCCAAAUGCUCAAGACCGCCUUCCGAUACUACUUCCGUACCAAGCUCCCCGUCAUCCGCAAGGCCCUCAAACUGAUCAUCGCCUACAACCUGACCCUCCAUGUGACAAUGGUGGAAGGCCUGGGCGAGGAGGAGGGCUUCAGGGGCAAGAUCGUCGACGAUUCGUCCAAGUUCAGGGGCAAGACCAUGGCCCCCGUCAUGAUCAACUUCCAGGUGAAGUGCGCCAUGGCGAACAUGUGGCGCGAGCUGCAGAAAGACGUCCUCGAGGAGCUGUCCAGCCUCUACUCCAGUGUCUAUAGUGGCGAGAAAUUGAAGAACUGGCCCACUAUUUUUAUCCUGGCCUCCAUUCUUCUGGCUGUCUGGGAGGAAAUGCAGUUUGAUUGCCACUACCGCGUUCCGGAUCCUGCUGCCGUGGAGAAGUUCUGCAAUGACAUGGAAACGACUCCUGUCGGUGUCAUCGUCGGGCUGUUCCAGGCGAUCUCGCAGAAACUACCCGCCUUCACCGAUUGGGAAACGCAGAAGCAUCACCACCUGCUCAACUCCAACCCGGACGUGUGCAGCACCAUGACUGAGGUCCGCCAGCAUGUCACCCAGCAUGAGACCUACCUCCGCAGUCGUUCGAACUCAAAGUUCAACCGCAAUGACUUUGACUGUCUCUCGAACAAAUUCCUUUCCAGACUUGUGAUCCGUGCGAACUAG